AUGACAAUCAGCGCCGCCAAGGAAAAGGCCGUUCGCCAAAUCAACAACAACUCCCCCACCAAAACAAUCACUCCCAAAAAAUCAAAGGACCUCGGCGCAUUCUUUCGCUCCAUUUUCAAACCAUCCACCAAGGAUGCCGCCUGGACCAAUUGGGCCAAGAACCAAUUCUGCAACCCCACCGAGAUCUUUCACCCCAAGACCCUCCAGGACCUGACAGCUAUUGUCCUCAAGGCAAAGGCUACUGGAAAAAAGAUCCGUUGUGCGGGUUCUGGACAUACAUGGUCGUCGAGUUCGGUCACGGAUGGGUACCUGGUGGAUGUGAAUGGGAUGCAACAAAUUCAUGCGCCUGUUUAUGAUGGUGCGCAGAAAACGUGGACAGUGACGAUGGAGACGGGGGUGUUGGUCAAAGAUUUAGAUGAUACGCUGAGGAAACAUGAUCCGCCGCUGACUUUGCCUUCCAAUGUCGUCCUUGAUUCUGUACGGUACGGCGGUAUCAUGUCCCUUGGAUGUCAUGGCGCUGCGACACAUACUCGAACGCUACCGGACCUUGUAACCGAAGUCACCAUCAUCGAUGCCAAUGGCAACCUGAACACAUUCUCAGAAAUCAAAAACCCUGAAGAGUUUGCCGCCGCUACCGUCAACCUUGGUCUUCUCGGCAUCAUUUACACCUAUACCCUCCGUGUCGAACCCAUGUUCAGACUCCGCAUGACAGACAGAUACCCGCUAUUGAGCGAUUACUUCUCCACCCCAGAACAAGACGGUGCCAAACUAAAAGCAAUGGUCCUUGGGAACGACCAAACCGAAAUCUUUUACUGGCCCUUCAACACCCCCGGUCUCGAAGCCGCCAACGACCGGAUCUGGAUCAAGCAAUGGCGUCGGACCACUGAGCCCAUCAGCGUCAGCCCCGAAUGUGAAGCCUUCAAGCAAAUCAUCCAGGGGUAUCAGACCCAGUUUGGAGAUCACCUGUAUGAUUUCAUGGCGGCGAAUCCGAAGAGCACACCGUUUGUGAAUUGGUUGAUGUUUAGUGCUGUUGGGGGGAAGGAUUCAGACGAAGUGCUGGAAGCGCCGGAUGCGAUUCAUUAUCAGGCAGGGAUCGAUAAUCUCCCUUGUGUCGAUCUGGAGAUGGCGUUCAAGGCGAAUGAGGAUUUUUCGAAUGUUGUUGUUGCGUGGAACUAUGUUAUCGACCAGUUGUACGAGUACGCCAACCGCGGCGAGUACCCAUUCAAUUUGACGCUAGAGAUGCGGUUCGUUAAAGCUUCGACCAUGCUCAUGUCUGCCGCCUACGACACCGACCCUGAAGCGAUUUACUGCAUGGUCGAAGUUCUCUCAGUCAACAACACUCCUGGCUUUGACGAACCCCAUUGGGCAAAGAUGUGGGAGCAUGUUCCUGGAAUUGUGCCAUAUCUCCGCAAGCAAGGCAGUGAGCGCUACGAUCGGUUUGAUGCCAUCCGUAAGAAGUAUGAUCCCAAGGGCAUGUUCAUGAACGCUACCUUCGCAGGCUUGUUAGGUCACUAG